AUGGAAGGAAAGGAUGUCCGCUUCACGGCUGACUACAGCAUUGUAACCCGGGCCCGUCGCAAAUCCUGCUAUCCUGUCAUGGAAAAGGCUCGGCUAGAGGGUUACCAGGCCUUCUUGCUUUAUCCGGCCACUAUAAAAGUGUCCAAAGGCCAUGAGCACACGCUAUUUCAGGAUCCUGUGAUGCUGGAAGAGUUCCUCGUGAGUCGGGAGAAUGAAGAAUCUUUUGGAAACACGACGCGGGCUCAAGUUGCUCAGAUCGAUGAUGAGAACAAUGUUUUGGUGGGGGGGGGUUGGGGUUGGGGGGGGUGUGGGUUUGUUUGUGGGUGGGGGGGGGGUUUGGUUGUGUUGGUGGUUGGGGUGGUGUGUGUUGUUGGGUUGUUUUGGUUUGUGGGUUGGUUGGUGGUGUGUUUUUGUUGUUUUGGGGGGUUUGUGGGGUGUUGUGGGUGGGGGUGGGGGGGGGGUGGGUGGUGGUUGGGUUUUGGGUGUUGGGGGGUUUGUUGGGGGGGGGGUGUGGGGUGGUUGUUGUGUUGGGGUGGUGGGGGGGGGGUUGGGAUUUGUUGGGGGUGUGGGUGUUGGGGGGGGUUGUGUGGGUUUUGGGUGGGUGGUGGUGUUUUUGUUGGGUUGUGGGUUGGGUGUUUUGGGAUUGGUGUUGUUUGGUGGGGGGUGUUGUGUGUGUGGGGGGUGUGGGUGGGGUUGUGUGUGGGUUUGUUGGUUUGGGGGGGUUUUUGUGGGGGGGGGGUGUGGGUUUUGUUGGGGGGGUUUGGUGUGGUGGGGGGGGGUUUUUGUGGGGGGGGUUUUUUGGGUUGGUGUUGGGGGGGGGGGGGUUGUGGUGUGGGUGGGGGUGGUUUGGGGGGGGGUGUAUGUUUUUGUGUGUUGUGGGGUUGUGGGUGUUUGUUGUGUGUGUUGGUGUUUGUUUGGGGGGUUGGGUGUGUGUGUGGGGUUGGGUGGGUUGUGUUGGUUGGUUUUGUUUUUGGGUUGUUGUGGUAG